UUCUUUCUGCUCCCUUCCUUUGUAUUAGGGAUGCGACUUUCGUACGAACUGAGAUUCCUAUUAGCCUUUUAGGAAACCAAAACGCAAACGAGAAGAAGAACCCCAGAAGGAACCCAUCCAAGAAAGAGCUUAAUCGAGACGACCAUCGCCGCGUGAGACUCUCAGAUCUCUCUCUCUCUCUCUCUCUCUGCGUCUUCGUCGUCUCUCAUUAGGUAGGUGGGGGUGGCUUAAUCAAGAAAGGCGAAGAUCAAGAUUCAAGGAAGAUGUCGCAUAGCUGCUCUCACUGCGGCAACAAUGGCCACAACUCGCGCACCUGCGCAGAGACCGCCGAUGGAGGUGGUAGUGGUGGUGGUGGGUUCAUGCUGUUUGGUGUACGAGUUACGGAAGGUUCAAUCUCCAACUCGAUGCGUAAGGUUGUGAGCAUGAACAAUCUCUCCCAGUACGAGCAACCUCACGACCCAAACGCCGAUGUUGCUUCCGGUUACGCCUCCGACGAUGUCGUCCACGCCUCCGCCGGUCACCGCGAACGCAAGAGAGGAGUUCCAUGGACGGAGGAAGAACAUAGGCUUUUCUUGUUAGGUCUCCAGAAGGUUGGGAAAGGAGACUGGAGGGGUAUCUCUAGAAAUUUUGUCAGGACUCGUACUCCGACGCAGGUCGCCAGCCAUGCUCAGAAAUAUUUCCUCCGGCGAAGCAACCUCAACCGUAGACGUCGCCGAUCUAGCCUCUUCGACAUGACCCCCGAUACGUUCAUGGGUUCGGGAAGUGAAGAAGAACAAAUCAUCCACCAAGAGAAGACAACUCAGGCAGAUUUGCCACCGCCGCCGGUAAACUGCAACAUAGGAUUCCCGGUGCCGGCAUAUCCAAUGGCACUCACUCCGACCGUACUACCAGGAACUGGCAACAGCAUCAACGAUUUCCCAAUGACGGAUAGUAAUACAUCGUCAACGACGAAGCUGGUCCGUCCGAUUCCUGUGCUACCAGCCCCACCCUCGUUGAAGAUGGCGGAUCUUAAUCUGAACCAGAAGUCUCCAAUAGAUCCUUCGCCAGUGUCUCUCAAGCUCUCCACAUCACCUGAUCAACAACCCUCGUCGAGGCACUCUGCUUUUCAGGCCAUGACAAACUUUAGCUCCGGCGAUCUCGAUUCUAAUGGAGGAAGCAUUAUCAGCGUCGCCUGAUAAUAAAUAAUUCUAUCUUGAAAGAAAAAUUAAAAAAAGAAGAAGAUUAGAAUAACAAUAAUCGAGAACGAAUCAAAGUUGGAAGGAGAGGAAGUGGUGGGGAUGAAAGGAUAAGAUUUAAAAUUAGAUUAGGGAAGAUUAGAUUGGAUUAGGUUAGGUGAUUCCUUUGGUUGUACAGUGUUUGGGGAUGAUGAAGGGGAGGUGGUGAUUCAUGCCGUGUUUAAUGGUCGGUUUGUUUGUUUGAUUUGUGGUCCAGAGUAAAUUGAAAUUUAACAAAUGAACAGUGGAGGUGCAAGCCUGCAACUGAGGUACUACUACUCCUAUUAGUCGUUAAUUUUUUGUUUCUUUGGUUGGUGGGUUUUUGAGGAGCUUUGAGGAGGAAUAUUUAAUAUCAACUGGACUUCUCUUCUAAUUGUUCAGUUCUUCCUCUUUGAAAGCAUUAUCUUGUUCUUCUGUGAUUGAGGUGUAUGGAGCUGUCAUUUUCCAUUUCUGUGGAUAAGUAAAAUGGUGAAAGAUCAAGAUUUGAUGUAAUAUUUACUCACUGUAAUUUUAGGACUCGCUGUAAAAUGUACCAAGUUGUUAGGAUAUUCUAUUUUGGGGCUCUUCUUAUUU